AUGCCUGGGUCCAUGGAGAUGCAACCACCUUACAACACCGUUCCCGGUGUUCAGACACCUGCAAAAGAAGAUGCCGACUUCAUAGAGAGCACAGAAUCCGGCAUUCCCUCGACGUACGCGGAUAUCGUGGCCUGUCGCCUGUCCAAGGCGCACCGCGACUAUUUGAUGGAACGACAUGGAUCGUUAGAACUCGAUCCCAUUCCUAGCAUGGACCCUGCGGAUCCUUAUAAUUGGCCAUCCUGGAAGAAAAUCACAAAUCUCCUUCUAGUCGCAUUCCAUGCGUGCAUGGGCACCUUUGCCGCCGCAGGUAUCAUUCCUGCAUAUGAAACGAUUGCAACCGAUUUUGGCGUUAGCGUUCAGGACGCGAGUUAUUUGACCUCCAUUCAGAUUGCCAUCCUGGGAGUGGCACCGGUAUUCUGGAAGCCGCUGUCAAACCGCUGGGGACGCCGCCCCAUCUUCCUCCUUUCCUUAAUCUGCAGUCUCGUCUGUAACGUAGGAUGUGCGGAAAGCACUAGCUAUUCCUCCACGGCCGUCUGUCGGGCGUUGCAGGCCUUUUUCAUAUCGCCUGCUUCGGCGAUCGGAAGUGCAGUAGUAAUGGAGACGACGUUCAGAAAAGAUCGAGCUCGGUACAUGGGUAUAUGGACGUUGUUGAUUACAUUGGGGAUCCCGAGCGGGCCCUUCAUUUUCGGCUUCGUUACGUAUCGGCUGGGCUACCAAUGGAUCUACUGGAUUCUGGCGAUAAUAAACGGCGUUCAAUUCAUCUUGUAUCUUUUUCUCGGGCCGGAAACACGGUACAUCGGGGGCGAUCAUGACCCCGACCAGCCCGCCUGGGUGCGAGAGUAUGCCCAGCUUCGCCGGAUUGAUCCCACUCCUUUGUCAUUCUGGGAGUUCGUUAGACCUCUGGGCAUGUUCAUGCACCCUUGCGUUUCCAUCCCUACAGUCGCAUACGCAAUGGUCUUCUGCUUGAGCAACGUAAUGACCACUGUCGAAGUGCCGAAUUUGCUGCAGACCAAAUUUGACCUCAACUCGGAGCAGCUGGGCCUCCAGUUCAUCGGACCGAUCAUUGGAUCUGUUAUGGGUGAGCAGCUAGGAGGCGUGCUGUCAGAUCGCUGGAUGAAUCUGCGCGCGAGGAGAAUCAAUCGCAAGCCCCAGCCCGAACACCGACUAUGGCUCAGCUACAUCGGCUUCACCCUGUGCAUUGUGGGCUUGAUAGUAUUCCUGGUUCAGACGCAGGAAGCCACAGUUGGCCGCUGGAAUGUAACCCCCAUUGUUGGUAUUGCCAUCUGUGCUGGAGGCAACCAAAUUGUAACCACGGUCCUCAUCACGUAUGCCGUUGACUGUUACCACAAAGAAGCAGGCAAUGUCGGCGUGUUUAUCACCUUCGUCCGGCAGCUAUGGGGCUUCCUGGGACCGUUCUGGUAUCCAUCCAUGUUUGCCAAUGUUGGUGUAGCUGCCAGUGCUGGGGUUUGUGCAGGUCUCAUCGCAGGCGCCAGUGUCAUCCCGAUCCUUGUCUUGCAUUGGCAGGGACGGAAUUGGCGUCCUCCCAUUGAGGAAUGAACUGUGAACACGAAUCUCUUUCCAUCUCUUCCUUCUUUUUCUGCUUUCUUGCGCACUUGGAUAAUUUUGCGGAGACGGUCUGCGUUGCAUCCGGAAACGACGACAUCAUCGAACAUAAACGACCCUAGACAUUAGAUAUAGAUCCGGACAUGGCCUGGAAGCCAGAGCAACGGCGCCCUUGUAUAUAGAGAUGCAUGGCAGAUAGAAAGCAAUGCGGUGCGGCGAAUUGAAGAAUCAAAUCAAUCAAGAAAACAUCCAAGAGAAAACAAUUCCCCCUAGAGCACGGAAAAACAAAAAGUAG